AUGUUGGUUUUUUAUCGACAAUAUGUGGUAUUCUUAUGCAUUCUAUUCUAUCAAAUAAAUAUCAUUGAACCUUCUCACAUUCGUCAUCUUUCUCUAUCAAAUAAUAUCAAUCAUUUAACUUAUUAUUCUCCUUUAAAAUGGCUUUAUGUUGCUUCAGUUGAUUCGAUUUCAAUUUAUGAUAGCAAUUUAACACUCUUACAAAAUAUAUCUACACAAAAUUCUUAUUUAAAUGAUUAUGAUAUAUGUAAAAUAAAUCCUUGUCAAUGUUUAAAUAAUUUAACAAAUAAUAAUAAUAAUAAUAAUAAUGAAGGUGAUGAUGUAGCAACAGAUAGAUAUCGUCGUUCAAAGUCGAUUCAAUCAUUAAAUGUACAAAAUUCUAUUGAUCAAAAUAAUUAUAAUUUAAUACUUUAUCUUGAAACAGAAAAUAAUAUAGAAAAUAAACCAUAUUUAAUUGAUUGUUGGUCACUUCAAUCAGGUUCAUGUAUUAUUCGUAAUGCAUUAAAUUUAUCGAAAAUUUACUAUCAACAAAUAUCAACUAAUGAAAAAAAUCAUGUACAAAAAUUUUUAUUUAAUACUGAUUCAACAAUACCAAAUCAUAUAUUUCCGUUUCAUUUUAAAUUCAACAAAUGUAAUAAUACACCAACUUAUUUAUUUUUAACAUCAACAUUAAGAAAAAAUUUUAUUGUAUCAAAUCAAAAAGAAAAAUCUGAUGAUUUAACCGAUCGUUUUUAUUUUCAAUGUCUUGAACAAGCACAACGACGUACAAUUGCUUUACGAGCUUUUGUUCAUAAUGAUGAAAUAAAAAGAUCGCAUAACUAUGUAAACAAAUCUAUGUUCACAACGGUUAAACAACGAAACAUUACCGUUGUUAAAGAUUCGAUUAUGAAACAUCAACCUGUUCAUAUUGAGAACUCUAUGAAUAAAACAAGGUCAUCUUCAAAUAACAAUAAAUCGAAUUUAACAUCGAUUAUAGGAAUUUCUCGAAUAUCAUCUACUAAUCCUAUGGUUUCUGAUGAUCAAAUAACGAAUAAAAGUAAUAAUACGAAUGAUAAUAAUAAUAAGACAUCAUUUUUAUAUAAUUUUAUUCAUGAACAAAUUCCAUUUAUAAAUAUAAAUGAUUAUUGUCCAGAACAAUUAUCUGUUGUACGUUCAAUUUAUACAGAUUUUUUUGAACAUGAAUCAUCAGAUAAAUUUCGACUUUUUCAAGAUAUUAUAUAUGAUGAAAAUAAUUCAUCUAUAUAUUUAUUUACUAAUCAACAAUAUGUUAGUAAAAUUAUACGUUUAUGUGAAGGACAAAUAUCAUUUCGACAUUAUGUUGAAUUACAAAUAAAUUGUGGAAAUGAAUAUACACUUAUACAAAAAGUUAAAUUAAUUAAAUUUAAAAAUAAUAAACAAUAUUUAUUAACAAUAGCAUCUAAAUCAAAAACAUUACAUAGUCUUGAACCAUCAAUAAAUAGUCAUUCGGCAAUAUGUUUAUAUGAACUUGAUCAAAUAAGAAAUGCAUUUAUUGAUAAUAUACUUGAUUUAUCAAAAGGAAAUAUUUCACUUGGUAUGGCUUGGUUACAUGGUGAAUCAGUUAUUCCACAAUAUCCUGCACCAUAUGGGAAUUUAGCUCAAUGUUCAACAACACGUGAUGCAAGCUAUUUAAUGAUUUAUGAAGGAUCAUCAGAUAUUAUUUCACAACCAAUAAUUAGUUUUUCAUCUGAUCAAUUAACAUCAUUAGAAGCAACUGUAGUUAAUGAUUAUAUUGUUGUUUUAGCUGGUACAGCUGAUGGUAAAAUUAAAAAGAUUAGUAUUCAACCAACGACGAAGAAAACUUUUCAAUUUGAAGAAAUAUUUGUUCAUUAUGGUGAAUCUAUUCUUCGUGAUAUGAUAUUAGAUAAAAAUAGUCGUUUUCUUUAUGGAGCAACUAAAACUCGGCUCUUUCAAGUUGAUCUUCACGAUUGUGGUCGUUAUAAAACAUGUUUUUCAUGUCUUUCAUCACAAAAUCCAUACUGUGGUUGGGGUACAACACUCAAUCGUUGUACAAUACGUCGAAAUGAAACAAAUGAUAAACGACGUUUUCGUUGGUUACAAAUACACGAGAGUUGUCCAAGUAUAAUCGAAAUGAGACCGGCUUUUAUUUCAAAAGCGAAAUCUGACAAAUUACAUUUAAAAGUUGAUAGUGUACCUGAUGAUUCUACUUCAAAAUAUUUCUGUUCAUUUGGUUUAAUUUCACUUUUAACUGAAACAGAAGAUAAUAAUAAUGAUAAACCUAUUUAUAUAUCAAAUGCAAUUAAAUAUGACAAUUAUAUUAUAUGUUAUUCACCUCCACCUGAAACACUUUCAAAUAUCAAUUAUGAUUCAAUUAUCAUACGUCUAUUUUAUAACGAUAUUAUUCUUACAGAAAAAAACGUUACAUUUUAUGAUUGUUCAUCAUAUUUAACAUGUACAUCAUGUAUGAAUAAUUCAUUCGGUUGUACAUGGCAAUUAUUAACAGCAACAUGUAUUGAUCGUGAUUUAGUUACUGAAAAAAAUGAAAUGAUAAUAAAUAAUUCUUUAAUUAAUCAAUGUCCACGUUAUGAUGUAUCAAAGAAAGAAAUAUUUAUUUCUGAUGGUGAUUUAUUUAUUCUUGGUGAAAAAGAUCAAGUUAUUAUUCAAACAAUUGGAUUAAAAUUUAAUAUUCAAAAAUAUUUUCGUUGUAUGUUAACAUUAAUGAAUUCAAGUAUAAUUAGAACUAUUGGAAAAAUUACUAAUGAUUCACUUAUAUGUGAUCCAUUUCAAAUUUCUUAUGAAAAUGAUGUUGGUCAACAAAAUUUAUUAUUCGAAAUCGAAUGGAAAGAAUGUGAAAAUGAAUGCACAUAUAAAAAAUUAGACGCUCUAACAAAUUUUACAGUAAACAUAUAUAAAUGUAAAUAUCUAGCUGAUUCUUGUGGUUCAUGUAUAUUACUUCAUGAUAAUUAUCAUUGUAUAUGGUGUGAAACAGAUAAAUCAUGUCAUCAUGAAAUAAAUUCAUCAAUAUGUAAACCAAAUCAUAUAAUAAGUUCAUCAAUGGGUAUAUGUCUCGAUCCACGUCUUAGACAAAUCUAUCCUAUGAUAGGUCCACAAUAUGGUCGUACACCAAUACGAAUAUAUGGUUCAAGUUUAGGUAAAAAACCACAUGAUAUAUCUGUUGUUUUUAUUAAUUCCAAUCAAACGGAAUAUCAAUGUCAUAUUCAAAUUGAAUCAUAUAUUAUUGCUCAAUCAUUUAUAUGUGAAUUACCUUCUCUACAAAUUGGAAUAUAUACAAUUAAAGUUACUGUUCAUUCAGUUGUUAGUAAAGAUCGACCUAUUUUUCAUAUUGUGAAACCAAUUAUUAAUGAUGUUUAUCCAAAUUUAGGACCUCGAUCUGGUGGUACUUUACUUUCAAUAAAAGGAAAACAUUUAACAAUAGGAAGUAAAAUAAAUAUAUUUGUUGGUCAUCAACCAUGUUUUGUUAUUGAAAAUGAAGAAAUAUUUACUAGUAGUACAAUAUCAGAUGAUGAAAAUAAUCAACUCAUUAUUCCAUCAAUAUCUCAAUUGGAAUUACCUGAUGAAAAUGAAGAAGAAAUUAUUCAAUGUCGAACAUCUAAAUUAACAGUUAUGAACGAGCAUGAUGAAAAUCGACAACAAAGAUUUGUUAAACGACAAGCAUUAUGGAUUGGUACAAUUACAAUUUUAAUUGAUAAUUUUACUGAAACUUAUUCGAAUAUUACUUAUUCAUAUAUAGAAGUAAGCACAUAUAGAUGA